GAGCACAUGGAGCUGGGGAAGUCUACUGCUACUACUGCAACAGCUCAUCUUCUUCUUCUGAGAGACAAGAAGACAGGAGCAGCAAGUUAGGGAGUAUAUCAGUGCAAGGGAGAGGAAGGAGGCGGCAAUGGGGUGCCGGUCCUGCGACAAGCCGAAGAUGAACUACAGGAAGGGGCUGUGGUCGCCUGAGGAGGACCAGAGGCUGAGGGACUACAUCCUGAAGCAUGGCCUUGGCUGCUGGAGUGCUGUCCCUUCAAAGGCUGGUCUUCAGAGAAAUGGCAAGAGCUGCCGGUUGCGUUGGAUCAACUACCUGCGGCCCGGAUUGAAGCGCGGAAUGUUCUCCCAAGAGGAGGAGGACGUCGUCAUCAACCUCCAAGCCAAGUUGGGAAACAAGUGGUCGCAGAUAGCGAUGCAUCUGCCCGGGAGGACAGACAACGAGGUGAAGAACUACUGGAACUCGUACCUGAAGAAGAGAGUGAUGGGCUCCUCAAACGCCGGCAAGAGCCCGUCGCCCCCUGAGCGGCUCACCUCCAUGAGCACCAACACCGGCGGCGGCAGCACGGCCACGUCGACCCACGGGGACCACGACGCCAACCUUAGCGGUGGCAGCCACGGCCAACACGCCAUCUCGCCCGCCGAGCCAUUCAUCGAUCAGCAGCACGAGGCCAAGAACUUCGUAUUCGCCGACUGGAUGCCGACGGCUGCGGUGGCGGCGGCGGGCCCCGACAGCUACACGAUGUCCGCGCACUGGCCCGCCUCCACGGCCAGCUCCGGCAACGUGACGCCGUCGCACGGCGCGUUCGUCGGGGACCAGAUGAGCGGCAGCAGCUACGGCAACGCGCUGCAGCAUCACCCGCACCAGCAGGAUCACCACCACCACCAAAGCGCCGCAGCCGUUGCUCACGGCGGUGCUGCCGCCGGCAUGGUCGCCGGAGGUGGGUACUUCGACCUGCUCAACAUGGGCGACAUCUACGGCGGGUUCACCUCGACGAACGACGACUUGCUCUUCUGAAAUUUCUGGUGCUACGCAUGAAAGCCUGUGACAUAAAUGUUUGUUCUCGAUCGUGUUAAUGUUGUGCAUGAAAAUGGAAUGGAGGUACGUGGGGUAUACUGGUUGAUUGUUUUCAUUCUUCUUCUGUAAGGAAAAUGUGAUCAUGUAGGAGGGAAUUCCCUAGGUUGGACAUAAUUCUUUUGUUGUUGUUUUUCCUGCAAUAAAAAAGCAUGUCUAUUUGUAUUG